AUGGUUUUGGCCUCAAUGCUAGGCCCUUGUCUGCUGCGAGACGGCCGCACCACCAUAGAGAAACAAGAUUACGCGUCAAACAACCCACCACCACAGCAGAAACCGUGGUGGAAGAAAGGACGUUCAGCAGCACCACCACCAGCACCACCAGCCCACUUCGCCGCGACUCACGGCCGGCAUCGAAGCGCGGACGGGCAAACCGCGCGAUCAAGCGGCGGGCGCGCAGAAGCGGCCAAGAGACGAAAGAAGAAGAAGCACGCCACCAUAAAAGGCCGGCCCAUCGUCAAGGGCGGGAAGGACCGGGGGCUCUGGAGGUCGAUCUUCGGCCCGAGACCGCUGCUGGAGGUGCAUUCCAUCGACCAGCUUUCGCAGCUCGUGGAUGCGGAAGGGUGGGGGUUGGAAGACCUAUCGGUGCUCACGGGUGGGCCCAGGCCUGCCGAGAGUGCUGCCGCCACCAGUACGACCCCUGCUAUUGCUGCCGCUGACGCCGAUGACGUGGCACUGGAAUCAUUAGCAGCGGCGGAUGGAGCGGCAAGCAAGGUUGCCACCGAACCGGGUGUGACGUCAGGCGGGGGCGCGGCUCCAGCAACGGUGGAAAGCAACGACGACGGUGAGGGUAACACUGCUGCUGCAAGGGCGGAGGAUAUUCCUGUUUUCCCGACACCGCCAAUUCCCCCGCAGGAGGAGCUGCACCCGGCGGUGCAGGCGUUGCUGGAGAGGGCCACCGCGGGGACGAAGCCGUCCAUGCACGGAGACGGAAGGCGCAUCGGCCUCGCCAUCGAGGGCGGUGGGAUGCGGGGGUGUGUCGCCGCGGGCAUGGCCUCGUGCUUGCACUUCUUGGGGAUGGCGGACAGCUUUGACUGCGUCUACGGCGCUUCGGCGGGUAGCCUGAUCGGCGCAUACUUCGUCAGUCGCCAGUCGAACGGCACAGCGGUGUACCACGACGUUCUCCCGUCCGCUGGGGCGAGGUUCAUAGACAUGGCCAAGUUCCCGCAGGCGCUCGGUUUCGAGCUGCCGAAGGUGCCAAGGAAGGGCAACGGCGGUGCAAGCGGCGAGGAGGAGCUUGGCGCCCUGGAAGCCGCCCGCGCGGCGAGCUUUGCCCGGGUGAUCGGGCUCGAUUUCUUGCUGAAAGACGUGGUGGGCAGGGUACACGGUUUGGAUUUCGACGCCUUCAGCGCUAACGACAAGCUGCAACCCUUGCAUGUCGUGGAAGAGCGAGUUACAACCCUGCCGCCGACGUCAGGCACCGAUAGCGACAACAGAGCUGGUGGGGAAGGUCGCGAAACCGUAGUGACGGCAUCGUCGCCGGUGGACCGCGAAGGCCGUGAAGAAAGCGGGCAGGAAUCGGGUAACGGCGCUGGGGAGCUAGCGACAACCCAGCCUCGAGCUGGCUUUUUGGGUGGUGGCAAAGGGGAGGCAAUGAAGGAGGAGGAGGAGGUGGUGGUGGUGGUGGAGGAGGAGGAGGAGGAAUCGUUACGAAAAGAAGGAGAAAGGGAGGUGCCGGUAGCGGCAGCGCCAGCCGAGGCCUUGGAGAGCAGCGCUGGCAAGAAGGAGGGUACGAUCGGCGGCGGUGAUGCAUCAGAGCUCUUGGUAGAUGCGAUGGUUUUUGAACCGCUUCCCUAUAGGUCGGCAAUCGAAGACGGUUGCACGGAUGUGGUGGUGCUCUGCACCCGUCCCGAGGGGAGCCAGGUGCUUGGCAAGAAACCGAGUAUCUACGAGUCGCGCGUGGUGAAGAAGUUUUUCGAGCAGCACGACGACCCCAUCACUACGUCUGGGAUCAGCAACUAUUUGCAACAGCUGGAGCACCUCAGGGUGUACGCCGAAGACGCGCUGGUCCUUGGCGAAGGAUCUCGGUCGGGGGUUGCGCAGGCGGCACCGAAGGGGGGAGCGGGGGAGGGGCGAGAAGCGUUUCUGCUGGCGAUCGCGCCGGCGGCGGCGUCCAAAGAGGUCGGCCAGUUGGAGAUGGAUCGGAGAGUGAUCCUCCAGGGGUGCAGAGACGGUUUCGCCGCUUGCUACGAUGCCUUCGUUGGCCCCGCCAAGUCUUUGGCGGCAGCUGCGGCGGACGACGGAGCGGACGUGGUCGGUCCGUUGGCACGGUCGGGCGCGGAAGUGGCUCUUGAGUAUUUCCCGGACUCGUUGCUCUCCACCCCUGCGGACAUCAACGCCACUUACCUGGAGACGGGGCAUUUGAUUUCGGACAAUCAGGGGCAGGGUUUGUUUUCGCCCUUGCCUCCUCUUGCGGGGACGACGGCGUCGGAGGCGUCGGAAGGCGUUGGUGGUGGUCGUCGUGGGUUCGGGAGGUCGUGGCUCGGCCGUAACAAGGGCGGGGGCGCUUCUUCUCUGUCACCGCUUAAGAUUUCGCCGUCAGAUGGAAGGCGGGGCCUGCUGCGGCGACUCCUUUCACGAAGCAAGCUCAGACGAAAGCCGCAGGCUUCUUCCUCGCGGUCCGCCGCUCCUGCCCCUGCUCCGGCGGAAGCUGUGGUGACGGGAGGUGCCGAGAGUGUGAGCGCCGCUGCCGCCGCAGCGGACCCGGCGCGGUAGCGGUGCACGGGUUAUAGCUUGUAUGGCGUCUUGGUGGUGCGCAGUGAAACAGGUUUGGUAGGUCCCUCGUAGCCAGGCAGGCGGGGGAGUUUCACGGACGAAUCGAAAACCGCGACGUUUUCGGCCGUACUGCUGUGGUUGGAGGGUAGCCAGUGUGUCGUGUAUUUUGCCACAGUUUUAUUUGAUUGGCUUGAGACUAUGCACAAGUGGGGCGAUGGAGGGCAAGUGGACUGCUUGAGACACCAUUACGCCCCCUGGCAAUAUAUUCUCGCCAACUGUUGUGAAACGUUUUCGUAAACGCUUUUAUACGAAUUUUGGGGCUGUUUCCCGCAAUUAUACGUUCGCCGGCCUCCAACACUUCUACAUAAAACAUCAGCUUGUAUUGGCUGCUUGCUUUUUUUUAUGGCGUUCCCAGGUUUUAUUAAGUUGUUUUUUGUACUUUUCGAGGGGGUUGGGCGUUUCACGACAGCAGGUGUCGAGGCCUCUGUCCUCUGUCCGUUUCUGAGUUGCAGGAACACCAACAUGCAAUGACGGCACCACCGAGCUGGGCGUCGUUUUCUUAGCGCUCGGUCGGGCAGUUGAUGUCCUCGCCGAGGAAUGUCGGUCUUAAGCUGGACGGAGCAUUUUUUUUUUUUGCUUGCAGC